GGCCGGGCCGUGUGUGUCUGUGCUGGGCGAAAGAAAGGGUGUAAAUUGAUCUUGGAAAAUCCUCACGGAGGGAUUGUGGUGGAGCACGUCCACACAGGCACCCCAGGACAGAUGGGAGGCUUCAGGCCUGGGUGUGGAGCAGCAGCUUCUCAGCCUCUGGAGAGAAACCUCCUCUCUCUGGUUCCAUCUCCAGCCGCUCUCUUGGAGGCUGGUGCGGAUUUCUGGGGCAUUUCCAGUGAAAACAGCUCCAUCCAGUUGGGUCAUCGCAGCUCCUGCUCUGCUGGGCUCUGCCUCGGGUCCCAAAGCCUCUCUGGGUUGGAGCUGGGAUCGUGGAAUCACAGAAUGGUUGGGGUUGGAAGGGACCUUGGAGAUCCUCUUGUUCCCCCCUUGUGUUGGGUUGUCCCCCGUGAACACCCAGAUCCUGCUCCAGAGGGGUCCAGACAUGACCCCUCGUCCUUUUGCUUGGGGGCCCAUCCUGCUGGUGCUGAGUUCCUGGGGAGGGUCACUCACCCUGCUCCUUGGUGGUGCUGGGAGAGAUGGUGUGGGAAGGGCAAAAAAGAGGGACAAUCCAGUGGUGGAGAAAACCAGCAGGAUUUUGCACAUAAGGAACGGGGAGAGGCCGUGGGGUGCUCGGGGGGACAACCAGCCCCGUCCCUGCCACCCUCGCUGCCCUUCUGCUGGGAUUUGCCUCCUCCCACCAUCCAGGCUCUGCUCUCUCCCAAAGCUGCUCCUUCCUCUCCCAGAAAGGACAGUUAAAUGCCACCCAAAGGGCGGCUGAGACCUCCUAAAGCCCCUGUCAAACAGCAGCGAGGCCGCUCAGGAGCUGAUCCAGCUGAUGGAACCAACGUGUCGCUCUUCCCUCCGGCUCGGCCGCUCUGUUUGCCUUUCCCUGCCUCCCCCCUCUCCUCUAAUCCAGGCUGGAACUGCUCCUAGGGCUCAGCCUGGGGCCCUCCUGACCCCGCUCUCGCCAUCCCCCCAGCUGGGAGCCCUGGCUGUGACUCUGGGGGUGCUGCUGGCCCUGCUGGGCUGCGCCGCCGCCCCGGAUCCCGCCCUGGAGGAGGCCUGGGAAGAGUGGAAGAGUCUCCACGCCAAGGAGUAUCCAGGGGAGGACGAGACCUUCCGCAGGGAGAUCUGGGAGAAGAACCUGCGCCACAUCCAGCAGCACAACUGGGAGGAGGCGCAGGGGAAGCACAGCUACCGCCUGGCCAUGAACCACUUCGGGGACCUGACAAACGAGGAGUUUAAGCGGCUCCUGAAUGGCUUCAUCCCAGCGCAGCAGGAGGAGCCAGGGCGGGUCUUCCGAGCCUCAGAGACCCUGAAGACCCCAGUGAGAGUGGACUGGCGGGCCAAGGGCUACGUGACACCCGUGAAGAACCAGCGGACGGGGAAGCUGGUGGUGCUGAGCGAGCAGAACCUCAUCGACUGCACCCGAAAGCUGGGCAACCGCGGCUGCUGCGGUGGCCACAUGGAACAGGCCUUCCAGUACGUGCGCGACAACGGCGGCCUCAACUCGGAGCGUGUCUACCCCUACGUGGGCACGGACAACUCCCGCUGCCGAUACAACCCCCGGGACAAGGCGGCCAACUGCUCCGGCUUCAUGAGGGUGGCACCGGGCAGCGAGGAGGCCCUGGCGCAGGCGGUGGCCACCGUGGGCCCGGUGUCGGUGUCGGUGGAUGCCAGCUCCUUUCGCUUCUACAAGUCGGGCCUCUUCGGCUGCGGCUCUGGCAGCUGGAGAACGAACCACGCCAUGCUGGCCGUGGGCUACAGCACAACCUGGAUGGGUGGGCACAACCUCAGCUACUGGAUCCUAAAGAACAGCUGGACAGAGAGGUGGGGAGAGCAGGGCUACAUGUUCCUGCUGAAGGAUGCCGGCAACCAGUGUGGGGUGGCCAACCAGGCCAGUUACCCCCUGCCCUGAGCCAGGACAGCCCCCCCUCCCCGCCCCAGCUGAGCUUCCACGGCUGUUUCCUUCUGGAAAUGGGGCUUUUCUUCGUGUGCGGCAAGAAGCAAUUAAAAGUGGCAUGGUUAAUUGUCCUUGUCAUGGAAUC